AUCGCUUCUCAGCGGGACGCGAAAUCCCGAACGCAUUUUAAUUCGAGCGGGCGAUAACCCAAAACCCGUUCGAUUUGGAUACUUUCCCUAUCCAUUUGAGAGCUUCCGGUCCCCUCUUCUUCGAUCCGUCGCCGAUUUAGGGUACUGUUGAGGUAUGAACGAACGGGACUUGAGGGAAUCCUUCUGUUUCUAGGGUUUCGGUUCGAUCCAUUGGCGGCGGCGGUGGCGCUGGAAAUAUUCGGAUUUUGCGACCAUGAGUGCGGUGAAUAUAACGAAUGUUACGGUGUUGGAUAAUCCCACGGCGUUCCUCAGCCCGUUCCAGUUCGAGAUCUCGUACGAGUGCUUGAUUCCACUUGAAGAUGAUUUGGAAUGGAAACUCAUAUAUGUUGGUUCAGCAGAAGAUGAAACUUAUGACCAGCUCCUUGAGAGUGUGCUUGUUGGUCCUGUCAAUGUUGGGAAUUAUCGCUUCGUUUUCCAGGCAGAUCCACCAGAUCCAACCAAGAUCCGUGAAGAAGACAUCAUAGGCGUCACAGUGCUACUGUUAACUUGCUCGUAUCUGGGGCAGGAGUUCCUCAGAGUCGGCUACUAUGUGAACAAUGACUAUGACGAUGAGCAGCUCAGAGAAGAACCUCCUCCAAGGGUUUUGGUUGAUAGAGUCCAGCGGAACAUCUUGGCCGACAAGCCUCGUGUCACAAAAUUCCCAAUCAGCUUUCAUCCUGACCCCAGCGAGAACGGAGGGCAGCAACAGCAGCCACCAGUCUCACCCGAAAGUCAUACAGAUGAUGAUCCACGGUCCAUCCAAAACUCCAAGUGUUAGCUGGUGCUUGUGCGUUUUAUCGAUGUCAUCUGUAGAACGGUAACUUCUCCAAGGUAUUGCCAAUUUGGCUAAUAUAAUUUGCUCUUUGAUCCGAAUACUGUGCCUGACCUGGAUGGCUGGUGGAACUGAGAUUAAGUACUUAGCCGGAGCUGUGUUUUCAUUUGAUGGGAAGGAAACUGCUCGGUUUGUACUCUGAUCCAUACUGUGCAGGUUUAUCGAUGGAACUUUGUAGCAAUACAGUAGUGAGCCUUUGCUCCAUCUAUUUUUGAGUGGGAAAUGAAAACAAAUUGUCAUUUA